UCCUUCCUACACUGUGGUCUGAAACUUCACCGUUCUGGCACUGUACAAGAGCGACAUUGUGGUUAACUUAGCCGGAUAACAAGGCGUGAUUGACAAAAAUAAUCAUGUUUUUCCUGAAGCGAUUUUUUGCUGACUUAUAACGGUGCCUGUUGGGGAACCCUACAUGUAAAUCCUGAAUACUGUUUCGUUACCACCAGGUAUGAGUCCAUUUCAUUCUGAGCUGCUUCUUCUCGUAAACUUGAUCAGCCUCGUGUCAGGGCUGCAGUUUGCAUCUUCCUCUUUCUCCCAGGUGCCUUUCCUCACUGUGUGGAACGCCCCCACUGCCACCUGUCUUACCCACUAUGAUGUGGACCUUGACUUGGGCACGUUCAGUAUCGUCCAGAACCAGAACCAAACUUUUAUGGGAGAAAACAUAACCAUUUUUUAUGCUGAAAAGCUCGGCCUGUAUCCAAGGUACUCAGGCCAAUCAGAAGCCAUUAAUGGAGGUGUCCCACAGAAUGCCAGUCUGGAUAAACACCUCAGAACAGCCUCUGAUGAUAUCCGCACCUUCAUCCCUGACAGGGAUUUCCAGGGCCUGGCUGUGGUGGACUGGGAGAGCUGGAGGCCUGUAUGGGAGAGGAACUGGGACAGUAAGCAGGUGUACUGGGAGGGAUCCAAAGCACUGGUGAGGUCCAGGCAUCCAGACUGGAGCCCUGCACAGGUGGAGGCAGCAGCUCGAGUAGAGUUUGAGAAUGCUGGGAGGAAAUUUAUGGAGGAAACACUCAAACUUGGGCAGGAGGAGAGACCGAAUGGGCUGUGGGGUUUUUACGGUUUCCCAAACUGCUACAAUUACUACAGCGAAAAAAGCACAAACUACACUGGAGAGUGUCCGGCUGUGGAGUUGAAGAGGAAUGACCAGCUGCUGUGGUUGUGGAACGUCUCCUCUGCUCUGUAUCCCGACAUCUACCUCAGCAUGGAGCUGCGGUGGCUCGGCAAAGAGGUGCUACUCUACUCCCACCACCGCAUCCUGGAGGCCAUGAGAGCAGGAGCUCAGGCUGCUCCAUCAACACUUCCUGUGUUCCCGUAUGCUAGAAUCGUCUACACAUACACCUUAGAUUUUCUCUCUCAGGAACACCUGGUCUACACCAUCGGAGAGAGCGCCGCUUUAGGAUCUGCAGGGGUGGUGCUGUGGGGUGAUCAUGCCUUUGCCAAAUCAAAGUCCACCUGUGAGGCUGUCAAAUCCUACAUAGAUAAGACUCUGGGCCUUUACUUGGUGAAUGUAACGUCAGCAGCUGUCCUCUGCAGCCAGACUUUGUGCUCCUCUCAGGGAAGGUGCCAGAGGAAACGGCUAAAUUCAGGAGCUUACCUCCACCUGGACCCUGCUGCGUGGAAGGUGGUGUCAGAUAAAAGACCAGAGGGAGGGCGUGACUACAGAGUCCUGGGACAGAUGAGAGCACACGAGGUGACCUUCAUGAAGUCUGAGUUUCAGUGCGUAUGUUACCAGGGCUGGAGCGGGGCGAGCUGCUCAAAACCAGUUCGGGUUUAACUGAUGUUUGGUAAAGGAGGAAUGUAAAGGUCUAAUGAUAGCAUCAAAGUUUAUAAAAAGUUUACAAAUGACUCCAUACAGAGGAUGGCAGGGGCUGUUUGGCUCAGAGGUUGUUAUCUGCAUCAGUGCAUGAGGUCUCCUGUGAAUGGAAAUGCACCAAUUUGACCAAUAUGUUUGCCUAAUUAAUCACUAUUAUAGCUUCCCUUAAUGUGCAAGGGAGUUAAUAUUCCAUUUUUGUAAAUUCCAAUUUAUCUGUGCUUUUUUGCAUUCCAAUUAAAUGCUGUAAUUUGUUGUUUAAUGAACAACAACUCUUUUUACCAGUUGAGUUUCAGAAAUCAGCCUAAAACAAUUCAUAAAACAUGCUUUUCUUUGGGGCAUUUUAUUUUGACAGGACGGAUAAAGAUAUCUCGGAAAUGCUCGGAGACACCUGUUAAGACAAGAGCUAUACCCUCUGUUUAGUGGAGCUCCUGUUGUACCAACUGAGCCAAACUGAGGCGACAAUAAAACCAAGGGUUGAUACUUAUCAAGGUGUAAAAUGUGACCUACAUAGGUUUGCUGUGGAAACCUCCAGUGCACACAUAGACAUCUUUUACCCUCAUGAUAAAGAUUUAAAAUGAAUAACUGAGCUUUGAAAGGGCUUGGAUAGUUCAGUGAGAGACAAGGGACACCCAUGUAAAUGCAUUACUGUGCCACAAUACUUUCUAUUGUUAUAAAAAUAUAGUUGGAAAAUUGUCUAAAAUUUAAAUGUAUAACAACAUGGGUUAGGCAUUUGAUUUAAAUAUUUUCUUUUAGAAAAGAAAAGGUUCUUUUGCAUUUAAGAACACAAGUUUUAAAUCAAUUACACACGGUUUAAAAACUACACAUCUUGGUGAAUGCCAGUAAAGGUUUCAUAUGCAUCCUGAAACCAUCAUUGCGGACACACUGCUUGUAUAGACAUGAUAUCUUGUUUCUCAUCUGUAACUUUUGAAAUGAACGUUAUUUCAUGUUGUAAGUAUGUUGAUGCUGUUGAAGGUGUCAACCAAAGCCACAGCUGGUUAUGAAUGUAGCUUUUCAGUAUCAUAUGGGCAUAACUGAGAUUAGAGAUCUUUUUCAUUUAGCUUCAUUAUGACAGAAGUAUCUUGUAUUUAUUUCUCUUUUCCUGCUCUUUAAUUGGUCUUUGUGAUUAUUUUGCUGAUAAUGUUUUGUUUCUUGUUUACCAUGUACGGCACUUUGGUCAGGUAUGAUUAUUUUAAAUAUACCUUUCUAAUUUGA